AUGCCUGGAUGUCGACUAAGUUGGCUCGGUGAUGGAAUAUGUGAUCCAGAGUGCCACAACACUGAUUGUCAACUCGACAAAGGUGAUUGUAAUCAUGGUCCAACAAACUCAACUUUGCCAGCCCAAUGUGCACCAGGUUGCCGUGAUAAGAUGCGCGGUGAUAGAGUGUGUGAUAGUGCUUGCAAUGUAGCACAGUGCGACUUUGACAAUGGUGAUUGUGAUCGAAAGCUGCCAAGUGAGUGUGCUGCCGGUUGUCUUAAAGCGAUGAUGUUCGAUACUGUAUGUUCACUGCGUUGCAAUGUCACUGAAUGUAUGUUUGAUGGAGGUGAUUGCAAUUUGGCUGGAAAGGAGUGUAGUCCUGGAUGCACCUUCGGUAUGAUCUCCAACAAGGUCUGUGACAUUGCCUGCCAAGUACGCGAAUGCUCCUUCGAUGGAGGUGAUUGUGCCUUUGCCAGCGCUUCAGAUAACUCAAUGUUCUGUGCACCUAAAUGCUACAAGACAUUCAUUGGAGAUGGAGAAUGUGAUCCGGAUUGCUACAAUAAGGCCUGUCAGUUUGAUGGAGGCGACUGCUCAAUGGCUCCAACUGUGGUGGCUGAUUGUCACGCAGGAUGUAACAACACAAUGAUAAGCAAUGGUGUCUGUGACAUGGCCUGCUACAUCAAGGCCUGUCUGUUCGAUGGUGGCGACUGCCGUGACGCCGGACUCAACGGAACAGAGUGUGCGCCAGGCUGUCCGAUCAGCAUGGUCGGCGACAACUGGUGCAUGGAGAAGUGCAACGUCAAGGAUUGCAACUUUGAUGGCGGUGACUGUGACGGCCUCGCCAACGGCACUCGCUGCGAGCCAAAGUGUGUGCCAUCGAUGCUCGGCAACGGACACUGCAACGUCGAAUGUAACACGGUCAACUGCAAGUGGGACAGCGGUGACUGCAACUCAACGACCUCAGUCUGUGAGAAGGUGCCAGCUGGCAUCGAUCACUGUGUGAUCCCGCAGAACGUGACGGGUGUCGCAUCGGCGCAGUCCUGUAGCGCUGCCAACUCUUUGAUGACCUCGCGUCUGAUCGCCAACAAGCCAAAGUCACCGUCAGAGGUCGACUGCUACAACAUGCAGGCGGCGUACGUCUGCUCCAGCGGCUGCAUGCCGUGCGAGGGAUGGCCAGCGAGUGAAGCCACUCUGUCGCGACGUGUGCAUGCGGUACAAGACGGCGUGCGAUGGCGUCCAGGGCGUGGACACGUCCACGGUUGA